UGUUUUUUGCUGUUGCUGCCACAGCUAGCUGUGUUUUGUUGGACUGCUGCUGCUGAGGCUGUUUGCUUGCGCUCUUGUGUUGUUGCUGCUGUUGUUGUUGCUUAACUGUUGGCUAGUAGGCCGCCUUGGCAUUCAGCAUUUGGUGAAACGUAGCCACACAUUCAGUCAGUCACUCACUCAGUCACAGGUGAGCAGCAGCUAAAGUAAAAGCCAAAGGCAGGCAGGCAGCAGAGGCGGCUGGACCAGAGGAGUACUGGAAAAAAGACACAAAAUAACAAAAACCUUUUUUUUUGUUCAAAUAAAAAUAAUAUUGCCAACGAAGUACAACACCAAACAAAAAGCGUGGAAUAAUUCAAAAUAUUCAUAUUACUGGACGACGCCUACGUCAGCAGAUUGCACAAAAUUCCAAUCCUCUAAACAAACAACAAUCGACAACAACAACAAUCAACAAUGGCCAUCAAACCCGGACUUGGCCGCAAGACAAGCAACAAGAAUCCACCGAUAUUGAGCCAUGAGUUUGUCAUUCAAAAUCAUGCGGAUAUUAUCUCCUGUGUGGCAAUGGUCUUUGUCGUUGGACUGAUGAACGAGUCGACCGCCUCGUUUGCCAGCGCCUUCAUAUCGCUCCAUCAUAAUGUGAGCGGCGAGGAGGCGACCCGAGAGCUGCCCUAUGGCAAGCCAUAUACGUAUGUGGCUGGCAUUAAGGAUUAUUGUGCGAUAUUCUUCUAUACGCUCACCUGCAUCAUCAUGCACGCCAUCAUUCAGGAGUUUGUGCUGGACAAGAUUAGCAAGAAACUGCAUUUGUCCAAAUUCAAGUUGGCCCGCUUCAACGAAUCCGGCCAACUCGUUACCUUCUAUCUGCUCUCAUUCCUUUGGGGCGCACAUGUGGCCCUCAAGGAAGGCUAUUUGGGUCAGGUGGCCCAAUUGUGGGAGGGAUAUCCGUCGCAUGCGAUGAGUUUCCUGCACAAAUUCUACUUCAUCAUCCAGCUGUCAUACUAUCUGCAUAUGCUGCCCGAAUUGUACUUCCAGAAGGUGCGCGCCAAGGAGGAGCAACAGCCCAAGAUUAUACAUUCCAUUGUUGGAUUCACGCUCAUCGUUUUGGCCUACACCCUGAGCUUCCAGCGCUUGGCGCUCGUUCUGCUCACCCUGCACUAUUUGAGCGAACUGCUUGCCCACAUCUUCCAGCUGAUUGGCGUGUUUGAUCGCGAGGAGCGCUUGGCCCGUGUCCGCAUUGUGAACAGCUUUGUUUUUGUUAUCGUCCGCUUUGCCACCUCAGUGAUUGGCGUACUGACACUCUACUAUGGCAUUGCCGGUUCCGUUGGCAGCCACAAGUUGCGCGCUCUGCUCGCUCUCGUUGGAUUGAUUGCCCUGCAGGGAUACUUCGUGUUCUCCUUCAUCACCGAACAGCUGCGCGCCAAGCGCGAGGCGAAGCGGGAGGCCAAAUUGCUGGCGGCGCAGACGAAGAAGGCGAAGGCGCCCAACAAGGAUAAGGUGAAGCGCAAGAAGGAGAGUGACCUGCCCGAGGCGGAUCAAACAUCAUCCAGUCCUGUCAAGCAGAAGCUCAAGUGAAUCACUGGAACAACAGUAAAUGCAACAAAAUCUUCCGCACACUUCCAGGCGCUCAAUCAACAAACAACAACAGGAACAGACUAUCAAUAAACUCAAGCACUUGCUACACUAAACAACACAACA